UUCUUCAUGCUGCUGUCGGCUGUGUGUGUAAUACUGAACCUGGCUGGCUCCAUCCUAUCCUGUCAGAACACUCAGAUGGUGACCUCCCUGGAGGAAUGUCACCUGUAUAAAUUUGAUGGUGAUGGGGUGUGUGUUUGCUGUGAGAUUCAGGAGCAAACAAAAGGUUGCAGCAGCUUCACUGAAACACUGAAACUUAACGCAGUCCAAGAGUGUGGCACAGUGCGUCUAGCUUUAAAGGAUCUUUUAAUCAGCAUCUGUGCACUGAAUGUCAUCUCUACCAUCGUAUGUGCCUUGGCUACUGUGACGUGCUGUAUGCAGGUGGCCACAGCUGAUAUUAUGCUGAUGCUUAUUCCACAGAGACUGAGAAUUCCAAAUCCUGAGUGCGUGUCACCCCAUGGUACAGUUCUGCAGCAACCGCUGGAUUUUGACGAGUUCAUCCCUCCUAUACCACCUCCUCCAUACUAUCCUCCAGAAUAUACCUGUAGCCCAGGAGUUGAGACCCAGAGAAACCUGCACCUGGACUUCCCUCACUCACCCUUCAGCACUAUGUACAGUGUGGCCAUUAACAGCCCCAGCUGCCUCUACCCAGCAGAGCUGCCUCCCCCAUAUGAAGCUGUGGUUGGACAAACCUCUACUAAUCAGGGGAGCACGCUGGAUCACCACAGCUCGGAGUCUUCGCAGGAUUCUAGUUCCAGUCUGUCUGAGAGGAAUAUCUUCACUUCCUUCAGUACACAAGUGCCUGUGGGCAAUACCUCGCUGACAUUGUAUGAAUCUGCUGAUACCCCAGAACACAGUGGCAUGUCUGUGGAUUGCUGCUCAGUUGAUGUUCAGGAAUCUGUACACUCUGCAGACAGCGAGAUACCUGCUACUGCUAUAGACCGUGGUUGCACCAGUUUGGAGGCUGAUGUUGGGUGGCAACGCAGGACUUAUUCAGAAAGUUCCUGUGAGGAGGAAAGCAAUUCAACGGCUAUGUCACUGGGCUCCAUUGACUGUCGAGAGCACAGAUUGUCAGAGUAUUCUGCAGUGAGUUCCAACACAGUGGGGCAAACUCCCCAAACACCAGCCCAGGCCUGCACUUUAUCACUCAAACAAAUUAAAAUAUGCUGUGGAGUCUUCAGGCAGUCCUCAUCUGCCACUGUGCCUGACAGAGUCAGGCUACCACCUCGAAAGAAGACUGGUGGGAACAGAAUAAUCCGAUCCAGCAGUGAUCCUGCCACCUGUACUUCUACAGAAGCUCAUUAUCAUGAACUUCAUUUUGUCGCUUCAAGCCAUCUUGCCAAACAUUUCCGGUCAAUCAACCAGCACAGUUACAUGGGGAAGAUGGAUGGGCAUCGAAAACAGCAAGCACUGCGGGAGGUCUCUAGGGAGCGACCGCACUCUCUUGUUGACCUGAAAGCCUAUAAGGACACAAAAAUAUUGGUGGCCAAAUUCUUGCAGCAUUCCAACUGCAACUUUGCUCCUGAAGUACAACAUGUGAUCAACAGCAUCCGGUCUGUCAUCAGGUUAGAUGAGCAGCACAUGGAGGAAGCUAUUUAUAGUGCCAACAUCAUUGACCAGGUGAUGACAACUUCUCAACGGCCAAUGAAUGUGAUAAAUUUGCAAUUACAGGAGGACCUUCACCUUCAUAGCUGUGGUGAUGUCAGCUCACCAACAGCUUCAGUACAGACUGUCCAAUUAGACCACAGAUUUGAACAUGAGCGGCUGCAUAGUUUGACAGAUGUGUGCAGAGAGACAGUUCUGUGACACCUGCUGUGGAUUGUGCCAUUUCAGAUGAAAAGAAUGUGGACAGGCAAGGAACAGAUUGGUCUGCAUUCAAACUUGGAGCUAGACAUCACCCCGCCCUUAGGGUGGCACAGUGGCUCAGUAGUUAGCACUGCUGCCUCACAGCACCAGGGACCCAGGUUCAAUUCCAGCUUCAGGUGACAGUCUGUGUGGAGUUUGCUCGUUCUCCCUGUGUUUGUGUGGGUUUCCUCCGGGUGCUCCAAUUUCUUUCUACAGUGCAAAGAUGUGCAGGUUAGGUGGAUUGGCCAUGGGAAAUGCAGGGUUACAGGGAUAGGGUGAGUCUGGGUGGAAUACUGUUUGGAGGGUCGGUGUGGACCUAAUGGGUGGAAUGGCCUGCUUCCACACUGUAGGGAUUCUAUAGUUCUAUGCUAUAUAUAAAGAGACAGAUAUCCUCUUUGAAGAGGAGACUUGGCUUUUUCAAAAUAUUCCAUAUAAUCGUGAAAGCUGGAAGAAGUUUGAAAAUAUUGGGUGAUCGUUGCCAUGGCUGUUGUCUACAAUGGGAUGUAUGCUGAUCAUUUGCAGUGUUUUGAUAUGAGUAUUUAUAAUUUAUUGCUGCUGACUGAUUGUAAAUUAUGAGGUUAAGAUGAUUUUACUGUCUGGGCCUGGUACUGAAUAAUCCCCAGUAACUUGCCAUAAUUUGAGGACUGCACUUGCUCCAACUUGCAGCAAUUCAAGUUAUUUCACUGAUUGUUCAGCUAUUUGAGGACCAUUUGAGACAAUGAAAAUGCUGAAGUGGAGUUAUUCUUAAACUGUGACCAAUAGCCCUUCAGUUAGCACGCUACUGGAUUUAAAAUGCAUGAUAAAGUUUAAAUAUUUGUUCCUGUCAUCUUGUUUGUGUGGCAAAGCUCACAAAGAGUUUAAUCAAUCUACUCCACGAGGUUAAAUAAACCAAUGGUUCACAGGAUCCAGGGAGUUGAUCCUCCUACAGCCUAAUAGACUGUAUCAGUUCUCUGGUGCUAUCUCCUUUCAUCUGUGAAUGCAGACCUGUGGACGAGGAGACCAGAACCAGGCACUGCCCAAUGACGACUACUUGUGUUCAAAAUCGCAAAAGAACAAAAUAUCACUCUUAGUGAUUGAUGCUCAUUCACUAAUCAUUGAACAACUGCAAUAUUGCUAUUUUAAGAUGUGUUCAAUAUUAAUAUAUUAACUGUCCUCCAGAUAGCCACCUGAUAUUGAAUGAAAAUGAAAUAUCUCCGGUGAGGACCCCUGGCCGUGUUUAGGUUUUUGAUAUUUGAUAUUCAGCAUCAUUAAUCUAAGGAGGGCUGAAUUAAGCAUCUGGUUUUUCAGAUUUUGACUAAAAUAUUAAAUUGCCACAUUUAUUUUUCUGUAUUUCUUUGUAAAUUGUAUUGAAUCCUAUGGAUUAAAGACAAACUUUUUGUAUGGUCCAGAAAAUAAAUUGGUACCAUUACCAUUUUUAGCCCCACGUCUGUACCUCUGUGCAGUUCCACAGAAUGGUCAUUGGUAUCAAAACUUUAACUCUGUUUCUCUCUCCAAAGAUACUACCAGACCGGCUGAAAUUUUCCAGCACCUUCAAUUUUUAUUUCAGCAUCUGGAAUAUUUUGGAAGAGGCACAGAUAAAACAAAACAAUAGUAUUG